AAUGAAGUUAAGUGAAAGCUCCAUAAAACAACUCAAUUCCCUUCUUUCAAACUUGACUCAUUCCCACCAAUUCUCCGAUGCUCUCUCUCUCUUCAACCAAAUUCACUCUUCCCUUCAUCUCAGACCAGAUCAUUACACCCUUUCAACCACUCUCACCGCCUCUGCCAACAUCCUAAACACUACCUUCGGCAAUCAGCUCCACGGUUUCGCCAUUAAAACACACCUUAAACAAUACCCAUAUGUAUCGAACUCUCUCCUUUCAUUCUACGCCAAAUCUAAAGAUUUGGGUUCAGUUAAAAGGCUCUUUAAAGAAAUUGAAACCCCAGAUGUUUAUUCUUGGACUACGCUAUUGUCUGCUUCUACUAAGUUGGGUGAAGUUGGGUAUGCUUGUAAGGUGUUUGAUGAAAUGCCGCACAGGAAUUUGGCUGUGUGGAAUGCAAUGAUUACUGGGUGUGCUGAAAGUGGGUAUCAUGGGAUUGCUUUGGAUUUGUUUCAAAGAAUGCAUUUUUUGGGUGUUAGAUAUGAUAAUUAUGCUUUUGCUAGUGUUUUAAGUUUGUGUGAUAUGGAGUUAUUGGAUUUCGGAAGACAAGUGCAUUCGAUGGUCAUCAAGACGGGGUUUUUGGUAAGAGCUUCAGUGAUUAAUGCUUUGGUUACCAUGUAUUUUAACUGUAAGAAUGAAUUUGAUGCUUUUGGAGUAUUUGAAGAAGCUGAGGAUGAAGUGCUUGAUUCUGUAACUUAUAAUGCAAUGAUAGCUGGUUUAGUGAGUAUGGAAAGAGCUGAGGAGGCAUUAAUAAUGUUCAAGGAUAUGCGUAAGUUUUCUUUGAGACCUACCGAGCUCACAUUUGUGACCAUAAUGAGUUCAUGUACGUGUAUUAGAAUUGCUUCUCAAUUGCAUGCUCAAGUUGCUAGAAUAGGUUUGGAAAACUAUACGUCUAUCGCUAAUGCAACAAUAACCAUGUAUGCUAGUUGUGGGAACUCGAAUGCAGCCUUUUUAGUUUUUGAAAGACUAAGGGUGAAGGAUAAUGUGUCGUGGAAUGCCAUGAUUACGACCUAUGCCAAAAAUUGUCUGGACAGUGCAGCAAUUUCUUCAUACAUUCAGAUGCAGAAGGAAGGGUUAGAGCCAGACGAGUUUACCAUAGGAAGCAUACUCGCAAGCUCAGAGUCUCCAAUAAUUGUUGAAAUAAUUUUGGGUGUUGUUUUGAAGAAGGCCCUUAUCUUGAAGACUGAAGUAUCUAAUGCACUGCUUUCUGCCUUCUGCAAGCAUGGUGAAAUGAAGCAGGCUUAUCAAGUUUUUCAUGACAUGUUUCCUAGAAACAUGAUCUCUUGGAAUACAUUGAUUUCUGGUUGUCAUCUCAACGGACUACCCAUGGGGUGCUUGCACCUCUUCUCUGAGAUUGUUAGUGAACGUUUGAUGCCUAACCCUUUUACUCUUAGCAUCAUUUUGAGUGUUUGUGCCAGCAUUUCAGCUCUUCAACAAGGGAAGGAGAUUCAUACUUACAUUCUCAAAUCUGGAUUCAUUUCAGAAAUAUCUUUAGGAAAUGCCCUCAUCACAUUGUAUGCAAAAUGUGGACUGUUGCAUUGGUCUCUUAAGGUUUUCCAGAUAAUGACACAAAAAGACAUAGUUUCUUGGAAUUCAAUUAUUACUGCAUAUGCACAGCAUGGGAAAGGCAAAGAAGCUGUACAUUGCUUUGAGAUGAUGCAAGAAUUAGGUGGGGUCGUACCAGAUAACACAACCUUUAAUGCAGUUCUAUCAGCUUGCAGCCAUUCAGGCUUAAUCAAUAAAGGCAUUGAAGUUUUUACCUCCAUGGUUCAUACCUACGGUAUAGAACCUACAGCAGACCACUUCUCUUGCAUUGUUGAUCUUCUAGGCCGGGCUGGAUAUCUUGAUGAGGCAGAAAAACUGGUAAAAGAUAGGCAUGUUGAUGUAGAUUCCACUGUUUGGUGGACAUUAUUCAGUUCCUGUGCUGCUUAUGGCAAUAUUAAUCUAGGCAGAAUUGCUGCGGGAUUUCUGCUUGAGACUGAGAAGAAUAACCCCUCUGUUUAUGUGCUUUUAUCCAAUAUUUAUGCCAGUGCAGAGAACUGGGAGGUCUCUGCUAAUGUGAGGAAACUGAUGAAUAAAUGUGGAGUGUUAAAGCAACCUGGAAGCAGUUGGAUAGGAUCCUAAAACUCAUUUCGUUAAUGAUGGAAUUCUUGACGUGUUUGGUUUCGAAGUUCAACCUUACUUAUCAAAAGGAGAUUGUUCAUGGUGGAGGAAAGGAUAUCACAGGAGGCUACAGUGUUGAUUUAACUGUUGAAGUUUUGGGUCGAUGACAAACAUUCUUGCAAUCUGUGCAAAGUAUUCACAAUGGAGACAAAGCUGUGAUGAUUGGACUUACACUAUCUGGGGCUAAGGGGGAGGUGGAUAUAAAACACCUAGUGCGUCGACAGAUAAAAGUGAUUGGCUCUUGUGGAGCCAGAGCAAGAUAAGAUCUCCUAAACUGAUUAAACUUGCCGAAAGCGGCAUAUUCAAUCUAACUGCUGCUGUUCAAGGACCUGCAAAUUUGAAGAGGCUCCACAGGCAUACAAAAAUCUUGAUCAGGUAAUCAUUGCUGGAUGCGCUGUUGUUGAGAUCAUGAGUGAUGUUAGAGGAAGCAUUCAUCUUUUCUGUAGAAUUCUCGACGUCAACCUUUCUCGUCUUAUCAUUUCUCAAUGAGGAGACUGCUACUUCACUCUCACUAUCAGACUUCAGACAGGAAGCAACAAGAGACAGAAAAAAAUGAAAAAUAAGAAACUGACAUCAUCGAGUUACCAUCCAAAUUCCAGAAAAAUUUCAAGUACAAAAAUUAAAGGUGAACCUGUUUUCUAAUGAAUGUUUUGAUUGAGAUGUCUUUUUGCCAUAGCUACUUGGCAUAUGUCCACACUCUCUGAGAUGGUUAUCACUCCCAGUAUCUGAGGAGUUGCCACACCCUCCCUUUUCUUGCUUCCUGCCCAUUAGACUGGAUUUAGCCCUUGAGACUCUCCCCCUCCAAUAGUUCCUCAGGAUUGUUGGAGCUUGUGUCACAUCAGGACAAGUUCCAACUUUGCCUUCAAAAGAUAUUAAUAUCAUCAGAGUUCACAAAAUAUGGUACUUGAUCAGAUUUGUGUAACAUAAGGAGGUUAGUCAAUCAUAUGUCUGGGAAAAAAACAUACAUCCUUCAAGAGUUGUUUUUAAGGGAAAGUUAAUCAACCAUAUGUCUGGAAAAAAAACAAAUCCUUCAAAAGUUGAGAAUUCUUGACCUUUGAAAGGGAACAAGAUAACAUGAUUCAAAUAUUAGUAUAUUACCUUCAGCUUUGGUCUUUUCCCCUCUGUACAGCUAUGAAAUACUCACUGUUAUCAUUCAAAAGAAAGCUGAAUGACAUUCAGAUAUGAGGACAAUAUUGCUGCCCUUUUGACAGACAGCCCUUUCAAAAUUUUCAAGGGAGAAUGGUGACAGGUGCAAUAACCUGCCAAAUGAGGUACAGAAGUCCCAGACCAUCAGAUGAUCCCCUACACAUUCCAUUGAGACGCCGAAUUCUCUGCAUGGAGGAGGGUAUUCAGUCAACUGUUUAUCGGACUUGAGAUCAUCGAAUGGAUAUCGAAUGGACUGCGCCUUCAGUUUGGCUUCUGCAUGUCAAUGCAGUGAAGACAAAACAUUAAUAUGGUACAUGAGAAAAUAGACAGCACAAGUACACUUCAUAUCAUAAUUCAUACCUACAGUUCCAACAUGUAAGGAUAAAGGUGGAAUAAGAGGUAUCUUUCUUUAAAUAAAAGGUUCCAUUAAAUUAUAAAUCCCAAACAUGCAAGACUUCCAAGUAAACAUGACAUUUCUAAGCCAAUAUAAUACUUUCCAAGUGAACAAUUUUUUUCUUUUCAACUUUCCAAGUAAACAUAAAACAUAGUCAAGCUGUGAUGUCCAAUUUGUGCAAUUUUCCUUUUCAAGCUUUUCCGGAUAAACAAUUACUUAAUUUCAUGUUUUAGUAAAAUUUAUAAAUGUGUUGCUGAAUAAUGUAUUACAGCUCCUGAUAUACCUAAGAUGUUAACUUCAAGUAAGCAUGUCACAUUUACAAGAUGUGUAACAAUAUGAAGAUCUGAUGCAUCUUUGUUAAGUAAAAUAUUUGCAUAUACGAAGUAGUAUCCUUGAUCAGACUAGAACUUUUUUUAAUGACGUGUCCGAGCCAGCUUUCGCAGACAUCGACUAAUUCCACAGGGUACUUGUCACCUCCUAGUAUCAACAGGUACCGGCCUAGUGUUUUUAAAAAAGCUAUAUUAGGAUUUGGACCUGAGACCUCAUGGUUCUAAACCCUAACGAGUUGCAACACUUGUCAUCAAGAGUUCAACUGGCAUGCUGGUUAUUAUUGAGGGUCAAGGUUUUGAAUUCUCUAACCUAACUAUUACCUUUUGAUUUUUUGUGCAUGUCAGUGGUUGUCUGGUGUGCAGUUCUAUGUAAUGUAGUAAAACAAUUGUGCACCUCAUAUGCUGAUUUUCAUUGAUCAACUUGUUUCCCUCGCUAAGGUUUUAAUCCUUCUGCUUUAGCAAGUGUUGCACUUCUAGCAGUUGACAAGGACUGUUUUGCCAAUUCCUAGAGUUUGGCUGUGCAGAGCUAGAGCACCAAAACAUGCAAUAUAGAAAGAGGAGGUCAUAUUUAUUCUCAUUACUGUUGAUUUGAUUAUUAUUCAGGAAUUUGCUGUUAGUGCCUCACAUGUUAGUGAAGCUGGUGAACUUUGAUAAAAUAGAAGCAUACUUGGGAAGACAUUUUAACCUAAAUUGCAUCAACCCUAUGUAUGAAUAUGAUUACUCAAUUGGAACGAUGUUAACCAUAUUGUGCAGUAUAGUUAAGCAAAAGUUCAAUUACUCUUCUUA